AGAUGAAACGUACAGGACUGCUUCAUUGAUAUUCCGUUGGUUUCUGCAUCUGUGUUCAGAGGCCGAUCAGUGCGCUGUGCUGGGGCCAUCGGGACUCGCGUCUGUUUCUCGCCAGCGGCCCAGCGCUGUACGUGCUUCGCGUCGAACACCGGGUCGCCAGCCUGCAGCUGCUGUGCCGACAGGUGAUCGCCAGCACGGUACACGAGGAGAAAGAUGUGGCCAAGCUCAGCAUGCCCUCUCGUCUGAGCACAUACGUGUCCUCUGCCUUCGCUUCUACCAUUAAGCCCCCCAUCCCGGAUCCCAACAACAUGCGGGACUUUGUUAGUUAUCCGACAUCAGGUAACGAGCGUCUGCACUGCACCAUGAAGCGCACCGAGGACAACCCUGAGGUCGGCGGCCCUUGCUACACCUUAUACCUGGAGUAUCUGGGGGGGCUUGUGCCUAUUCUGAAAGGCCGUAGGAUUAGCAAACUUCGCCCUGAAUUUGUCAUCAUGGACCCAAAGACUGAUGGGAAAGCAGAUGAAGUCUAUGGAAACAGCUUCUUCCCCUCUGUGAUUGACAGCUGCAAUUGCUCAGACUCUAGUGACAUUGAGCUCAAUGAUGACUGGGUUGGAAAGAAAUCACCAAAGAUCUCCAGAGGGAGCAAGUCUCCCAAACUUCCCAGGGCGUCCAAGAUGUAGGUGACUUUGUUUCUUCAG